GCCGCCGCAGCACUCGCGCGCUGGUCCGGCUGACGCGCGGCCGCACGGGCUUAUAUUGCGCGCGUAAAGUUCGAAAUCGCAGCCGCCGCUGACUCGGCACUUGCCAUCUGCGCUGAAUAUUAUUGGCAGAGUGCGACAAAGUGUUUGGUUUGAAUUUUUCUCCGCAGAUAUAGUGCUUCCGAACGUACCUAUAAAAAAAAAGAGAUGUGCCGGCUGUAAGACGAACCGAGAGAGAGAGAGAUAAUAAAAGUGGUGUGAAAAAGCGAGAGAUGUGAGAAGGGCCGCCUAGGGGCAAGCUCUCGUUCUCGUGUCGCGCGUCUAGCAGGAGUAGCAGCAAGUGAACGAUGAACCUCUCGGCGGAGCAUCACAGGAGGAGGACGUGCCGGUGGAUGCCGACUGCCUUGGCGCUGAUGCUUCUCGCGCUGACGACAGGCAGCGCGAGCAACGCACCGCCGGGAAUACGUUACGUGAAGAAGCUUCACGCGCCGAACGUCGUGGAUCCGCGGAGCACAAAGUUGCAGAUGAGAUGCGAGUACGACCUGAAGGGUAACGAGCUCUACACGGUCGGCUGGUACAAGGGCGACGAGCAGCUGUUGCUCUACUCGCCGUCCAAGAGACCGGAGGACAAUGUCCACAAGGAGCACGUGAGCAUCGAGCACAGCAACGCCGAGCAGCUCACUUUACUGGGACAUCAGGACGACAUGCGGGCGAACAUGGAGUUGUACCAGGGCACGUACACGUGCGAGGUGACGCUGGAGAGGAGCUUCGACACGGGCUACGCCUCGGCGAACGUCAGCGUCGCGAUACUGCCUCAGAAGAACCCGGUUCUCGACGGCGUCCAGAACCACUAUCAGAUAGGGGAGUACCUCGACGCCACCUGUACUUCGGCGCCGAGUCUGCCCCCGGCGGAGCUGACCUUCUACCUCAACAAUCAGGAGAUGCCGUCGCGGGACAAGAGCCAGCAGCCGAUCGGCGACGCCACGGUUUCGCGACUCUCGCUGUCGAUGCCCCUUCAGCGACAGCACUUCCCGGGCGGCAGUAUGAACCUCACCUGUCGAGCUACUCUACCAGGGGUCGAGCUCGAUCGGGACUACAGGACCACGAAGCUGGCGACUCUGGCCGCUAACAACCAGCGACUGGCUCAGGAACUGCCGAGGAUGUCGUCCACGUCAGCCGGUACCUCCAGGUGCCUCGUAUCCUGGAUCCUCGCGAUCCUCGGGAUUACGGCCGCUUGCGCGACGCUCUGAGACAACUGAGCACGCGAAGCUCAUUAUUUUUUAUCGUAUACUUUACCACGCGAUUCUCUUCAUUUUGUAUAACGCAUUUAUUUUUUAAAGCCCCUUUACUUAUCGUCUUGUAUACGACGUUGUAUGCAAUAUCGCGAGGCGUAUAAUAGUAUAAGGAUAACAGUAAUAAUGAUAAGUUGGACGUGUAGCCGCGCACAUCAUGCCUGUCGAAUAUACUCGCGAGUUAUAUUGUUGUUUUCCAUUGCGCAUACAUAAUUGAGCGCGCCACAAGCCAAAUAUACAGCGAGCGUUGAUUUCCGCGACACAUAGAACUGAUAUUUUUCUUCGAUACACACAAGUAUAUCACACGCGCGAGUAUAUUAUAAAGCAAACGAAUUCUAUGCGCAAACACACACACACACGAAUAUAUCAAUAUCGACGAAGAAGUAUAAGAAGUAUACAAAAUCAUGGCUGUAUAGCGAUGUAGUUAUCGGACGAAUUUUUUCAGCGCGCGCGUUUAUCAGCUGAUCGUUUUUGUACCCCGCGAUUUGAACGUACUAUACAGUACAGAGAGAGAAAGUGUCAGAGACGAGCGAAAUCGUGUAUAAGUAAAUAUGCGUAUAAAUAUUAUAAAUAUAAAAGAAGAAACUACGCACCCGUCGAUCAUCCCUGUAUACUGGCCUGUAUCGGAUAUAUUGUACGACAUGAUACGCGCGUCGGCGAGAGAGAUAUCGUGGGAGAAACUCAACGAGAUAUCCGUAUGUAUAAGUGGUGGCCACGACACACCGCGUCCGUGUACAUAGUGUGUAUAUUGUAUUACGAUUAUCUGUAGAGAGUGAGUGAGUGAGUGAGUGGGAGUAUGGGAUGAUGAGCCCGCGGGAAAAUCGGCUCUGUGCGUGGAUGUAUAAUAAUGGAGAUUAUUAGGCGCGACCCCCACACCUUUGUAUUAAAUAUUAAACGACGAAGAGGAUUACGCGCGAGUGCCGAUUACACAGUAGAGGGACGAAUGAAAAUUAGCUGUAUAUCUAUGUCGAUACACAAUUGCGAUAAUAUCUGUGUAAGUUUCAAGGUGUUAUACAGAAUAACGCUGAUUAUUAAAUCGAUGGAAGUCAAUCGUUA